AUGGAUUUGAAUGACCCAUUAAGAGCUAAGACUCAUGGCUACAAGAAAGAUUACUAUUAGAAAGAGGAUAUUCACUAUCCAGUUGAUAACAGAGGAGUGGUAGACGAGUGGAGAGCACUUUCAAAGACGAUGAAUGAUUAAUACCAGGACCAAUUAAAAAGAGAGAAGGAGAUUAAAAUACAACAACAGAGACAAUACAGUGACGAAUUAGAAGCUGCAAGGUUGCUCAGAGAAAAAUUGAAAAAGGAACAGAUUGAAAAGGAAAAGAUGCAAGAGAGUAUUGAAGUUUAGCAAAAGCAAUAAGAGCUAUAAUAAUAUAAAGUCAGAAAGUAAGAGGAAGAAACCAAUCUAAAGGCAUAUUUGAGAGACUCAUAUAAGACGCUGUCUGACUAGCAUAAAAACAAGAUCUUAAAUGAAAAAGAAAGAGAAAUGCUCGAGGAUUAAAUGAGAGUGGCCAGAGCUAAGCAGUCUUUGGAUGAUGAAAACUUCAAAAGACUAUUGUAAAGGGCAGAGUUCAAUUAAGCCUAGCAGGAAUUAAUAAGAUUUAGACAGCAAAUGAAGGAACAAGACAAGGAAGUUGAUGAAUAAAAGAAAGAAAACUAUAGGAAAAUGUGUGAUGAUAAUGAGCAGAAACUUAGAGAUAGAGAAGACGAAUAUAAACGAUACUUUGCAAGAUACAAUCAGAAUCUGAAUCAAAGACAGGUCUUACAUGAUACUGUUGUUGGUGAAUAAGAGCGUCUCAAAACUUAGAGAAUGAUGAGUUGGGAAUCGAAUAACGACAAAAUGUAUCAGAAAAUUGCAGAGUAAAAAGCCUACCAAGAGGAAGUAUAGAAAUAGAAUUAAAAGCAAAACUGUUAAAGCUGGCUAGACAUGUAACUCCAAUGGAAAGAAUAAGAAAAGGAAAGACUUAAGAUGGUUACUUUGUAGGAGAAAGAAGUCAAAGAUAGAUAGCAAUAGUAACUAGUCGAAGAAGAUAGAUAAAAAAAGAUUUAAGACCAGGAGAGAAAGCAAAUGUACUCAUAGGCAUUAGCAUAUUAGAAAAAUCUGCAAUUGCUUCAAAAGUAGAAUUAUGGAAAGAUGACGUAUGAAGAGAAGAGAAUUAAUAAGGAAGACUUGCAUCACUUCAAGGAGCAUCAAGCAUAGUUUGAAGCUAUGAUACCUGGUAUUAAUAAUAUAAAGUCAGUAGGAGCUGCUCCAUUAAAGAGAGCAAAGCCAAGAGAAGGUGAACUCCCAGGUAAACUUAAACUUACAAUGUCAGUGAAUGAUUUGAGAUCACCACUUGGUAUGACUUCAAACAAAUUCAAUGAAAGCUAAUCACUUCAAUAACUUGGAUUAUCAAUGCAUGAUCAUAACCCACAAACAGCUUAGUCUACAGCUUACGGGUAAAAAUUCUUGUAAAAUAUAACAAGUGAUGCUAACAUCGAAAAUCAUCCCAUGAAAGAUAGAAUAUAUUCUAAAAGAUUUGUUGUUGAUUAAGGAUAAUACAAUACUAUUACAAAUCCGAUACCUAACUAUAAUAGAAAUCCUUACUUAAAUUAAGUUGUAAGCAGAGCUCAAAUGAUGGCUACAUCACCCUCAAAUGACGUCAGAAAAUCUCACAUUCUUCAUAAUGCUGCAAUGAGUCAAAUGCUACUUUGA